CAACAGGUAGCCACCCCCUCGCCCACCACAUCUUCACCGCAAUCCACGAUUGAGUCGGACGCACUCUGCCAUGACGAAACGGGAGAGGAAGGAUCCAGGUCGCAUGACAAGCUUGGGAUCCCUGACCAAGCAGCCGAAUCUAUCAUGGGUUCCGCCCGGCAUGGACCGUAGCUCCGCUUGCAGAAUCGCUAUUCGGGUUGGUGCUUAUUGGGAGCAACAUAGAUACGAGUACCACAUUUCUAGAGAUGUUUUGCUGAUUCGGGACAGGGAUUUGAUUUGUUUUAUGGAUCUGGUAGCUGAUUUGCGAGCAGAGAUUGCCUUAGAAACUGCGCGAAAGCUAUCACUCCAUUAUUGGGACAAGAUUGAAGCUAGAUACAAGGAGGUAGAUUGCGAUGCAACAUUACUUCAUGCCCUUUCCAUGUAUUGGGAGUUUAGGAGACUCAAGCUAGCUGCUACUGUGUUGGACGAGCCAUGCAUUGAAAGUCAACAUAGUGCAGUAACAUAUACACAACAGAAUGAGAUGCCAAUUUCCCUUGUUUCUAAUGCUAAUGAGAAUGAGGUAGCAGUUCCUUCCAGCUCUAUUCAUGUAGAAAAAGAACAAUUUGCUGCUGGGACCUCUGAUCAGGUUGCUUCUAACCUGAUUCAUGCUGCGAACUCAGAAGGUGCUGCUAACUUAGAAGGUGCUGCUAACUCAGAAGGUGCUGCUAACUCAGAAGGUGUUGCUAACUCAGAGGAUGUUGCUAACUCAGAGGGAGGUAAUGCAUGGGGACAAUAUGAUGAAGAUGAGUAUGUUGGCGCAGACGAUGAGAAGGCAACCUACAAGGAGCUAUUUUCUGAUAUAGAAGAGAGUGGAUCAGAGUACAUCCCUGACUCUGAUGAUGAAGACCACGAUGAUUGUGUUGUAGAUGACAAUGGAGAUCCUCUGUUUGUCACAACAACUGACUUAGAGAACCCUAAUAUUGCAGUAGGUGUUAGAUUUGAGGAUGGGCCUACUUUCAAAAAGGCUAUUAGGCAGUGGGCUAUCUUACAUGAGGUUGAAAUUGGGGCUCACUAUAGUGAAUCUUCUAGGUAUAGAGGAUUCUGCAAAGCAAAGAAGUGCAAUUGGAGGAUCCAUGCAUCACAAUUGCCUGAUGGUAAAACUUGGCAGGUAAAGAAGAUGUCAAAGAGGCACUACUGCAGGAGCAGAAGCAAGAUGGAGAAGAAUUGCAUGGCCAAUCAGUAUUGGGUUAGAGACAAGGUAGUGCCGAUGCUUAGGGAAAAUCCUAACCUAGGUGCUGGAGCUCUGGUGAAAAAGCUACAAGAGAAAUAUCUCAUCCAGGUUUCAUAUUGUGUUGCAUGGAAAGGAAAGGAGCUAGCACUUGAUGAGCUGAUGGGCAAAUGGGAAGACAGCUUUGACCAUAUCUAUGCUUUCAAGGCUGCAAUAGAGAAGGAGUCUCCUGGUAGUGUAGUGGAGAUACAAACAGAGAAGGUUGGGGAAAAGAUCAGAUUCUGCAAAAUGUUUGUUGCAUUCAAGGCUUGUAUUGAUGGUUUUUUGCAAGGGUGCAGGCCCUAUUUAGGCAUUGACUCAACUGUGCUCACAGGUAGGUGGAAAGGCCAACUUGCUUCUGCAGUUGCAAUAGAUGGCCACAAUUGGAUGUUUCCUGUGGCACUUGGGCUGUUUGAAUCUGAAAGUAAGGAUAGUUGGAAAUGGUUCAUGGAGAAGUUGCAGACAGCUAUAGGAUCACCCCAUGGUCUAGUAAUAUCCACAGAUGCAGGAAAAGGCAUAGACAGUGCAUUAACCAAUGCCUUCAACAAUGGUGUUGAGCACCGAGAAUGUGUGAGACAUCUAUUUAAGAAUUUUCAGAAAAGGUUUCAUGGUGAAGUGUUUGAAAGAAACCUUUGGCCAGCAGCAAGAGCAUAUAGGAGGACAGUCCAUGAUAAGCACUAUAAUAUCAUGAAAAUAGCAUCACCUGCAGCCAUUAAGUGGUUGGAAGACACUCACAAACAUUUGUGGGCCAGAUGUUAUUUUUCUACAGCAAGCAAGUGUGACUAUGUAACCAAUAAUAUUGCUGAAACGUUUAACUGUUGGAUUAAAGAUGAGAAGUCUUUACCACCAGUGGAGCUAAUUGAUAGAAUCAGGCAAAAGAUUUUGGAGAAGUUUUUUGUGAGGAAGAACCUUGCAGAUAAGUUGACUGGCACAAUUUUACCAUCUGUCAUGAAACAACUUCAUGAUGCUGGCAGAGGUUUGGUUGGUUAUGUGGUUCACAAGGGUCCUGAUCAUACAGCUGAAGUGUCUGGUGUUCAUAAGGAUUUGACUCCAUGGAGACACACUAUUGAUCUGGUAAAUAGGGAGUGCAGCUGCAAGAAAUGGCAGCUAACUGGUUUGCCUUGCACUCAUGCAUUGAGCGUUAUAGGUUGUUUCAGGAACCUGAAAUUGGAAGAUUAUGUUGACUCCUACUACUCUGUGGAAAAAUUCAAGACUGCUUAUGUUGGGAAGAUACCUACUUUGACAGAUAAGACUGAGUGGGAGCAACCAGAGGUAGGUUACAAGGUAUGGCCUCCCAUACUAAAGAGAGCUGCUGGUAGCCAAGGACAAGAAGGUUCAUUGGAGUAGAAUGAGGGUCGGGGAAAAAGAGGCACAAAUGCAAGAGAUGUGGUCAGUUUGGUCACCAAAUGAGGACAUGUAAUGAACCAGUAUAUGACUCAGAUGCACCACCACCAACUGCUCCAAAGCCUAAGAGGGUGAGACAGAAGAAAAAGAAGGUGGUGGUGGUAGAAGAUGAUCCUCUGUCAUUGCCUGCACCAUCAAGUCCAGUGUAGAAGAAAAAGAACCAGAGGGGAACCAAGAGCAAGUAGUGUUACUUAUGUUACUCAUUAUACUACGUUCUGUAAUGUGCCAUGAAGUGGUACUAUGUUCUGUUAGUCAUGUUUCUUAUGUAAGACAUGUGCAAUUUGUUUUCUGUUGAACAUGUGUAAUGUGUCCUCUGUUGGACAUGUGCAAUAUGUCAUUGAACUACGUUCUAUAAUAUCUAAGUUUCAUGGAGUUUCAUCU